AAGUCUUCUCCUUUUUUUAAGAAAUCUUCGAAACCCUCAACAGUCUAUUAAUUGCAAAUCUGAAUCUGGCUUUUAGGGUUUAUGCUUCAUCUGCACUGUAGGUGUGCUAAUCAGUCUAAAAUGUUCUUUUUAUCCCUAUAAUCUUACUAGGGUUUAACCAUAGAACUCUGCUUUCCCUGCUUAAAACCCCUCUUUGUUCAUUUUCUAUAACUGGAGAAAAGAAAGAAAAUUUGCUAUGGAGAGAUCCAUUUGUGAAACAAGGUUUUGUUAAGUUACUGGCUGGAACUUGGGAGAUAUUGCCAUUAGAGUGCAAUCACACUUCAGUAUAAAACACUAAUAUUCCGAGUAGGGCCUGUGUCUACUGUGUAUUUCUUUACAUACGUUAGCCAUGGAGGUCCUGUUGCUGUAUAAAGUAGUUGAAAAAUUAAUUUGCUUUCAAGACAACCGUCAUGCAUACAUGUGUCAUUGCACUUGCAGUUCUUGGAUUUAUUUAACCAAUGUUUCACCGGCAUGUAUAAUAAUGCUUCUUUGGUUUGUAUAAUCUUGAGAACAGUUUUGAGUACUCUGGACCACAUAGAGAAAUGGUUCAUGUGUAUGUGUGUGUGUGUGUAUAUAUAUGACACUAUAACAUAGUAUAUACAUGUGUGAGUGUGUAUGUUAUAUAUAGUAAUCCCACAUUGGCGUUUUCCGCAUGGUUUUUUGUUAAUUUACCAUUAGAUCUCCUCUACUUCCUUGCCCCUGCUUGGACCUGUUUCUUUUGAGAGAGAGAGAGGAUAAAAACAAGUAUGGAUGUUGAAUUAUUAGCAUGUGUCAUGUGUUUGCAGAGAUCCAGUGGCUGCAAUUCUUUAUUUGCUCUGUUCCCCGACUUGUUUGAUUCUGCAGCAGCACAUUUUGACCCUAUAGCCCCACAAGAAAAGCAUCAAGAUUUAUGAAAAAAAUAAUUGAAAAAAAGAAUUACAAAGAAAAAGUAGAUCGGUUCAUGGAAAGAAAUGGCGUAUCCUCUACUUGUUUAUUCUCUUGUGGGCAUAUCUUAAAUAGUUGAUUCCUCCUUUUCAUUAGAAAAAAAAAAUCACACUUCUUUUGCAUGAACCAUGAUGCACUCAUAACCCUCUAGUAUUUAAUCAAUGUCAAUGGAUAUCUAGGUGUAUAUAUGAGCAUGUUUAUACAUUCAUAUACAUGUAUAUGUCUCUCUUUAUGACCAAAAGUGUAUGGUGUUUGCUGUUACUGUAAUAAUCUUUACUUUCAGCUUUUCCCUGAGCUUCUUCUUGAGUAUCCUCUUUGUCCUUACAUCUUUUUUUUUUCCAUUUCCUUUUCCUCCAUUCUUUUAGUUUCUCAAGAAAGCAAGUCCUAGUCUUCUAUUGUAGAGAAUAUUACGAAAAGAAGCUUGGCCCUCCAUUAACGGUCCUUGAUCCAAAUGGAGUCUGUGAAACCAGUGGCUAUUACUCCGGCAAAGGGAAAACUUAGACGUACAUUUGCCAAAGUUCUUAACAUCCAUAAGUUAUCAGGCGUUGCUCCUGAAGACGGUGUUGAGAAAGCGAAGAAGAACCAGGAAAAGGUCAAGUUCGAUCAAGACUUUGCCAAGAAUGCUAAUCUGUCUCAGUCGUUCAACAAGCUCGAGGAAGAAUACGAGAAAAGACUGGCCAUGGAAGCACUUCUUGCGAAGCUGUUUGCCACGGUUUCUUCCAUUAAAUCAGCUUAUGCUCAGCUGCAGCAUGCUCAGUCUCCAUAUGAUUCUGAUGGGAUUCAGAAAGCGGACAACUUGAUAGUAUCAGAGCUGAAGACAUUGUCCGAGCUGAAACAAUGCUUCUUGAAGAAACAGCAUGACCCUUGUCCUGAGAGAACUCUGGUUCUUGCAGAAAUCCAAGAACUGCAUAGUCUCUUGAAAACCUACGAGAUCAUGGGGAAGAAGCUAGAAUCUCAGCUCAAGCUCAAAGACUCGGAGAUUAUAUUUCUGAAAGAGAAGCUGGAGGAACCCAUCAAACUGAACAGGUUGCUGGAGAAAAGGCUGAACCAAAGCGGUCAACUUUGCAACCCUCUGGACAAUCUUCACUUUUCGGGGAUAAACCCUACCCAUUUCGCCACUUAUCUUCACCACACGGUGAAAUCCAUCAGGGGUUUUGUCAGGUUGAUGGUUGAGGAGAUGAAACUCGCAGUAUGGGACAUAGACAUGGCAGCAAACUCCAUACAGCCCGGCAUGUUCUAUUACAAGACUCACCACAAGUGUUUCGCUUUUGAGCACUUUGUCUGCAAGGUAAUGUUCGAGGCAUUCAACCUACCAUACUUCUCUGGUUCAAGCGAAUCUUCCCGCAAGAAGAAGAUCAAAGAAGAUAGGCAAGCGUUCUUCGAGAGAUUCACCGAGCUUAAGUCCAUGAAAACGAAGGAAUACUUAAUGGCACGACCCAAAUCAAGAUUCAUGAAGUUUUGCCGUUCAAAGUACUUGCAGCUCGUCCACCCGAAGAUGGAGGAAGCGUUCUUCGGCCAUACCCACCUCAGGAACCAAAUUAACGCGGGGGAAUUCCCCGAGACGGGUUUCGCCACCGCGUUUCUGGAAAUGGCGAAAAGGGUCUGGCUCUUGCAUUGCCUGGCUUUCUCCUUCGAGCCCGAAGCCUCGAUCUUUCAAGUCCCGAAAGGUUGCAGAUUCUCUGAAGUAUACAUGAAGAGCGUGGCCGAGGAGGCAUUUUACUCGCUGGAUUCUGAGCCACGUGUCGCUUUCACAGUGGUUCCCGGCUUCAGGAUCUGCAAGACUUUGAUACAAUGUGAGGUUUAUCUCUCUAACUCGUAGAAAUUGGUCGACAAGCUUCGACCCCGGUGACCGGAGGAAAAUACCAGGGAGGGCAGUUUGGUAAAUCUGUAAGACGGUAGACAUUUUUGCGAGGGAAAUGAAAAAUUGUGGACCGUUGGAUAAAAGGAACAGGAGGUAGCAGGAACUGUGUUUGGGUCUGUCUUUGGUUUUUGUCAAUAUUAGAACAGAGAGUCAAAAGGAUU